AUGUUUCGAACUCUGUUGUUAGUCGUUGUGGGCGUAACCACAAUUUGGGCAACAGAUUACAACCUGGUGCUCGAGGAGCCGGAAAUCUUCUCGUCAUGCUUCAACGGCUUACCUGGUGCGAUUGGGAUCCAUGAAGCCAUCAACAUGGACAAUCUGUCGAUGGUUAUGGAGGGCGACGGGAUUGAUGUUUCUGGAAAUGCCUCCGUUGUAUUGAGUUUUCCGAGCACCGAUCGAAUUUCCUCCAGGUUCGAAGUUAUGAAGUACAACCGUGGUUCCUGGGAACCGACAGUAUUCAACAUGCUCACGCCGGACUUUUGUGACGUGAUGUUCGACAAAGAUCAAUACUGGUACAAAUAUUGGUUUAAAUAUGUUCGAAACCGCGAGGAGAUUCAAGAAAAAUGCCUAAAACAGAAAGGUACCCUUCUAGUGAUGGAUCCUUUCGUCAUGGUAGUGCGUCUUGAAAAGAUCAGUGGUCCAAGUUUAAGUGGACGCUAUAAAGGUGUUUUUACCUUUGAAAUAUUUGACAAAAACAAUGUGCGGCGACCGACAUCCUUAUGCUUCGAGAUCAAGGGCGAGCUUGAGAAGAUAAAAAAUUAAUUACCUGGACUCCGCAAAUGUGUUUUUUUUCUAUACUUCUUAAACCUUUUUUGCUAUAUUCUAACCAUUUAAAAACAUAUAAUAAACUAACCCUAAUGCUGCAAAAAAAAUGUCAACAA